UAAGGAGGAGAGGCUAGAGAAGAAGAGGGAACAGGGGAAGGGCUUUAGAUUAUAACCAAAAGAAUAUAGGAGAGGAGAGAGAGAGAACUGAAGAAAAACAGAGAGAGAGCAAGAGAGAGCAAGAGGAAUAAUUGUUUUCCCUUUGCCAAAGCAUCCUCUCAGGAGCCUCACAAACAGCCAGACCAUGAACACCACCGCCACCCCGGUUCACCCCGCCGCCCCGCUGUCGCGCGUCUCCCUGCAGGUUCAGGAGGUCUACCCCUUCCACGACGGCUGGAACGUGGCCUGCUUCGUCAUCCUGCUGCUCUUCGUCCUGGCCGUGCUGUCCCUGGCCGCCCUGGCCCUGCUCUACGAGGUGCUGGACUGCGGCUGCUGCUCCAAGGGCAAGACCCACCGCCAGCUGCUGGAGGAGAGGGAGGCCGCCGCCGCGGAGCCCGGCACCUUCCGCAGGAUGGUGGGCAGUCUGAGUGGUGGGGGGGUGUCGCAGACUGAGGUGGUGUGAGGGGAGGAGUCUGUCUCAUGCACCCUGCCCUACCUUUUAAUAUAAGACUUUUCGAUGACUGACAAGAGACUGACAGCACUGGCAUGUGCCUGAGUGCAAGCUGUGUUGUCCGUACAUGCUUGGUUGACUUAGGGCGGCGUGUUGAAAGCACAGAGAGAGAACGAGGAGGAGUUGUACAAAGAGAGAGAGAGAGGAAGAGAGACGGAGAGAGUAGGUUUCUCAUCUCAUCGAAAUACUGUUUGUCCGUACAAUGCCGCCAAUCACAUCACUACAUCCGUCGCCACAGCAACUGAACACCCCCACAAUGCGAGAGAAGCCAGCAGCAAAGAUGGAGUCUGUCACAGAGGAUUCAGUUCUCUGAACAAAAGGCAGUUGAGGUAGCCCAAGUUUGCCUAUCAUCAGAAUAAAAGGGGUUCAUAUAGUCAGAGAAGAAAGUGUGUCGUAACUGUUGUAUGGGGUCCCAGGCCAAGGCCCAACACAAACUGAUGACAUCUCCUUGUGACACCAACAACUCAAUCUGCCAUGUCUUAACUGGGGGGGAGACAAUGGGACAGGGGAACACACUUAUGUAAAUACGCUAUGUUUGUCAUUGAGCUAUGUGCACUGUAUUAUUUUACUUGCCUUGAACAACAAUGUCAAAUAAACCAUGCCUAAAACAUGGUCCAUUCAAAAUAAAGACCCAUGAG